AUGGAGGCGUUUUUCCCCGAAAACGUGAAAAGAGGAAGCUGGGAUUUUUUGGGGCUUGGUCCUUUCACGGUUCCGGGGAAAAACGCCCCGCUUUUUCCGGGCAGCCGAAGCAGACACCGGUCACGCGUGCUGCCUUCAUCACACCACACCUAGACAGCACCCACAACACCCCAAAGAACUUCCCACGGCAACUCGACCACCAUGGCUGAGCGCGGGAACCGCCAGGAUCCAACAGACCCCGCAGCGCAACGCCGGG